AUGUUGGAAGGAAAAGGAAUGAUAAAGGAGACAGAUAUGGCAGAUAAGAAGAUGCAGAUGCAAGCCAUGGCUUGUGCUUCUGAAGCUCUUGAUCUGCAUGAUGUUAUUGAUUGCAUCUCUAUUGCUGCCCACAUCAAAAAGGAGUUUGACAAGAGGUAUGGGAGUGGAUGGCAAUGUGUUGUGGGUUCUAACUUUGGUUGCUUCUUCACCCACACACCAGGGACUUUCAUAUAUUUCUCUUUGGAGACCCUUAAUUUCCUUAUUUUCAAGGGAGCUUCUACUUGAAUUUAGCACACUAAUUCAGGGAGAAGAGAUCAGAGAUGAAAUCUUAGCUAGAGGCACCCUCAUCAUCAAAGGGGCAUUAUUGGAAUAUUCUUAUUUCUGUAAUGGAAGAAUCUAUCUAUGAGCCUGGUAAGAGGAGUUCUGUGUAAAGUUAAGGGUAGAAGUGGUAGUCUAGUAGAUCAAGUGUCCUUAUCUUCUGAAUCAGUGGAGCCUCACAGUGCCCUCCAUGUAAUCCAUCAGCAUUUAUGUAAUUAUAUCAGUGCUUAAUCAUUUAUCUUAUUGUUCUGUGAAUCUGUGGUUACUGUGAUGCUGUUGUCAUCUGCUUGCAAUUCAGACCCAAAUUUAUGCAUGUAUUGAAGGAAGAAUGUAUCUGUCACAGCCAAGAAGUCAUUGCAACUAGUCCAAGUCAUCUAAAAAGACACUGCUAGAGUAGUAGCUGGGUUCGCUGACCUUUCAACAACUUGUUUAUGCCUAGCAUUUAGAUUUAUUAAGGCUCAUUUGCCUAGUUGGGUUUUAAAAGUUUGAAAGCAGAUGUAUACACCCUUUGGACAACACUCAACUAACUCUAGCUUGUUUUUUUUGUUUCAGAAAUUGUUAUACACUUACAUUCAUGUCA